UUCCUUUUUGGACUGGAAGUGGAAUCAGCAACAAAACCUCUCCUCUUGAAAUCUCUAAUGACUUCUCAACCUUCCAGGCAGGGCAGUCUCGUAAAGGAGUCAAACCCCAUUAACAUUGCGUGGCGCACAAUUUACCAGGCAGUCACCGUUAUCUAUAAAUAACUCCGUAUUUGUAAUCACGAAUUUGAAGAACCAUUUUUGGUCCUCUGAUUUGCUUGAUUAUUUCCAGAUUAUUUUUAUGAACCUGUUUCGCUCACGUGUAUCAACCUCAGUCGUAUCUAGAAUGGCCGGAGAGCUAGGAUCCUCUGCUUCCGUUCCCACCACAUCAUCAUCAUCAUCAUCAUGGGCAAAAACAAGAUCUUUGUGGCCUUCUAUUCUCCGUUGGAUCCCCACUUCCGUCGAUCACAUCAUCGCCGCCGAAAAACGCCUUCUCUCUCUAGUCAAGACUUCGUAUGUGGUAGAGCAAGUGAAUAUUGGUUCGGGUCCACCGGGGUCGAAAGUACGAUGGUUUCGAUCUACGAGUGAUGAGCCUAGGUUUAUUAAUACGGCGACGUUUCAAGGUAAAGAGGAUUCUCCUACGCUUGUAAUGGUCCAUGGAUAUGCUGCUUCUCAAGGUUUCUUCUUCAGAAAUUUUGACGCUCUUGCUAGUCGUUUUAAGGUCAUAGCCAUUGAUCAGCUUGGUUGGGGUGGAUCUAGUAGACCUGACUUUACCUGCAAAAGCACUGAAGAAACUGAGGCGUGGUUCAUUGAUUCCUUUGAGGAAUGGCGAAAAGCAAAGAACCUUAGUGGCUUUAUAUUACUCGGGCAUUCUUUUGGCGGGUACGUUGCGUCUAAAUAUGCACUCAAGCAUCCUGAGCAUGUUCAGCACUUGAUUUUAGUGGGACCUGCUGGAUUUUCGUCAGAAGCGGAAUCUAAGCCUGAGUGGCUCACAAAAUUGAGGGCAACUUGGAAAGGAGCUGUUUUUAAUCAUCUGUGGGAAUCUAAUUUUACUCCUCAGAAGGUUGUUAGAGGUUUAGGUCCUUGGGGUCCAGAUCUCGUAAACCGCUACACAACUGCUAGAUUUGGUGCGUAUUCGGCUGGAGAAGUUUUGAAUGAGGAGGAGUCCAAAUUGCUAUCAGAUUAUGUGUAUCAUACUUUAGCUGCCAAAGCUAGUGGAGAGCUGUGCUUGAAAUAUAUUUUUUCAUUUGGAGCAUUUGCUCGGAUGCCCCUUCUACAAAGUGCAUCAGAAUGGAAAGUGCCAACCACUUUCAUAUAUGGCUUUGAAGAUUGGAUGAACUAUCAAGGUGCCCAAGAAGCUCGCCAGCAUAUGAAGGUCCCAUGUGAAAUCAUUCGGGUCCCACAGGGUGGGCACUUUGUAUUUAUAGACAAUCCAACAGGGUUCCAUUCAGCUAUGUUCUAUGCUUGUCGGAGGUAUAUUUCACCUAAACCAGAAAAUGAACGUCUCCCUGAAGGUCUCACGUUUGCUUAGCAAAUUAUCACUGUGAUUUUUCAGUCAUCUGUGUAUAAUAAUAAUUCAUACGGGAAGGUUUCGUGGCUCCCUCACAAAUUCAUAUUAGCAUCUCACAAAAAAAUAUUCUAUUCUGUUCGUGUAUAUCUGAUGUACUCUUGUACGAGAGUUGCAUUGCAUGCGGCUUUAUAUAUUGAAUAGCAGUACUUUCGGCGA